UGUCAGACUGCCAUAAAGAAGAACAACCCCAGGAAGUACCUCCGCAGCGUGGGCGACGGGGAGACCGUGGAGUUCGACGUGGUCGAGGGAGAGAAGGGCGCGGAGGCAGCCAACGUCACAGGCCCUGGCGGGGUCCCGGUGCAAGGCAGCAAGUACGCAGCAGACCGUAACCAUUACAGACGAUACCCACGUCGCAGGGGUCCUCCACGCAACUACCAGCAGAACUACCAGAACAGUGAGAGUGGGGAGAAGAACGAAGGAGCAGAGAACAUACCAGAAGGCCAAGCCCAGCAACGCCGUCCCUACCGCAGGCGGCGGUACCCACCUUACUACAUGCGUAGGCCCUACGGGCGUCGACCACAGUAUUCCAACCCUCCCGUGCAGGGAGAGAUAGUGGAGGGUGCUGACAACCAGGGUGCAGGAGACCAAGGCAGACCCGUCAGGCAGAACAUGUACCGAGGUUACAGGCCGCGGUUCCGCAGGGGUCCUCCUCGUCAGAGACAGCCUAGAGAGGAUGGGAACGAAGAAGAUAAAGAGAACCAAGGGGACGAGACCCAAAGUCAGCAGCCACCUCAACGUCGGUACCGCCGUAACUUC